GAGGAGCUGAAAUAUGAAACUCGCAGCUAUGCUGCUCCGGCUGAAAAGAACAAGCUGCUCAUUUUGUUCCUGCUGUAGAAGUGACCGUUUCCUUUUGCAUUGCCUGUGCUGGACUUCAGAACACUUAGUAAAUUACAGAAAUGGCUCCCACUAGGAAAAAAGAAACAAGUGGAAAGUGUGUUCCCAUCACCUAAGGAUAUUGAUUGCUUUAUUCGACUGAGUUAUGUGGAAUGCUUCAGUGUUUGCACAUUGUCUUGAGAACUGUCUGGGACCUCUUUUGUGGGUCUGUAAGUGCAGCUCUAGCACAUCCCCUGGGCCCCUAUGUUAUCAGAGAGGACAAGCAGUUUGGGGCCAGCUCUUUGGGUAGAAAGAGGGCAGUAUGGCAGAACCUGCCCUGUGCACUGCCUCUCUUCUGCCUGUUAUCAGCUGCUGUGCGAUUACAGACCCCAGAAUCCAGAAGGACCUCGUACUCCAGGUUUAAGAAUUCCAUCAAGAAGAAGCUGACAGCCAGGGCGCCGGUGGCAAGUAGCCCUAUUGUCACAAGAUGGCAGCAGCUGCACAUGAGAAGCAGCACAGAGGAGCUGCACGGGGCCUCUCAGAUGACAGAUAUUAGUGCUUCUGGGGCACCUCGGCUCAUCAAUGCACCUGGGAAUACUCCAGUGUCAUCUCAGGUGCCUAACAAACUCUCUGUCAAGAAAACUGUUGUGACUCUAGCUAGCAGUCACAAUGUAGCAGGCUUAGAAGAGAGAAAUAGCAGCAGAGCUGAAAUGGGAAAGAGACAGAAAUGUGCUUCUCAGCUUCUGAUGGUCCAAGAGGUUGGAUAUAGCAAUGCAGAAAGUGGUGGCAUGAAGGUCUGUGAAAAUAUUAGUUGCAUUUGGAAAGAAUGUCGAAAGGGGCUGCAGAAUGAGUUUAGAGCUGUUACCACCAUGAAGCCUGUCAUACCAUUGGAGCCAGAAGUGAGGCUUCAUGUGUCUGGGUUGCGCGAUGAUUACUGUAAGUUGUUAUUUAUUUCUGUGCAGAGCUUAUUGCAGAGGUUGGGAAUUUUGAUGUGUGUUUCAAGAAAGAUGGGCAGGGUAUGUCCCUGUCAGAUCAAAUGGAAACCCUGUGUUCAUUGGAUAUAUAUCUAUGGACAGGACAGGAUAAAGUUUUUUUUUUUUUUAAAUGUUCUCUCCCCUCUCUCCCCCACCAAAACAAAAAAAAGCACCUCUUUCCCCCAUCCUGUUACCUACAACUUUACUGCAAUAACUUUUAAUAGCUUUGUUCUAGAUCUAAACAUACUGGACUGGAACCGUGAAAAUCUCAUUGCUAUUGCGCUAGGACCUGCAGCACACAUCUGGAAUGGAAGAACUCUCCAAGGCAUUGAAAGGAUUGAUUUGAAUUCCAGUUCCAAAUACAUUUCCUCUCUGGCUUGGAUAAAAGAGGGAACUUGCCUUGCAAUUGGCACCAGCGAUGGAGAAGUGCAACUGUGGGACAUUGAAACGAAAAAGAGGUUGAGAAAUAUGUUUGGUCACCUGUCUGUAGUUGGAGCUCUGAGCUGGAAUCAUUAUAUUCUAAGUAGUGGUUCAAGGUUAGGAUCUAUUCAUCAUCACGAUGUUCGGGUUGCUCAGCACCACGUUGGGACUCUUUGCCAAAACAAGCAAAGCAUUUGCAGCCUGAAAUGGUCACUAACCAAUAAGUUGCUGGCAAGUGGGUCUAGUGAUGGAAUAUUGAAUAUCUGGCCUAGUGACCCUGGUGUGAAAGUGCAGUCACAGCCACUGAAAACCUUACCUCAUUCCUCAGGAGUCAAGGCUAUGAACUGGUGUCCUUGGCAGUCCAAAAUCCUUGCUACAGGAGGUGGAAUGAAAGAUGGGAUUUUGCGUGUCUGGGACAUAAAUCGUGAGAAAAUCAUCCAAAGUGCAGCUACAGAUUCUCAGAUUUGUUCCUUGCUCUGGUUACCCAAAACCAGCGAACUGAUGACUGGACAAGGCCUUCCUAGAAAUCAGAUGGUAAUAUGGAAGUAUCCUAUGCUUAUCAAUUCAUCAGAACUCUAUGGUCACAAAGGGAGAGUGCUGCAUGUAGCCCUGAGCCCAGAUGAGAGCAGGCUCUUUUCUGUGGCAGCUGAUGGGACAGCCUGUGUGUGGAAAUGCCACGAGUCUGGGGAGAGCAGACACACUGGCAAGGCUUUUUCUGAUGGUUAUCUGGGCUCGUUCUUGUGACUUCUUUUCCUUGAAAGCAAGUGAUUAAGUGUAUUUGGCCCAUUCAAUAAUUAGGAACAUAUAUGUUCCUUCCAAAUGAAACAUGGCAAAAAUAGCAUCAUGUUUUCAUGAGAAAGCAAUUUUCCCCAUCAGUCCAUAAUCAUGUAGAAUGUUAGUAGCUUGUCUCACUUGCAGUAGAGGAAAAAUAUCGUAAGUUUGAAGAAUAAUAUAACACUUAUUUUCAUUAAGCUAGCAAGCAUGGGUGGAAUCCACCCUAUGUCAAGUGCCAGCAUAAAGUCUUAGGUCCUGCUUUUAGCUAUGGUUCUUGUAAGUAGUUUUAUAUCAUCUUAGCAUUUCCUGGGAACACACAUGCCCCUCAUGUAAUAAACCUUGAAUCAUUCAAGGGCCAGGAUGAGCAGAGACCAGCCCAAGGGAGUGGAUCUUCUAUACAUCACAUAGAUCAUAGUGCAAAAGAGAAUCUGUCUAAAUAUUUCUUAAGACCCAGCCUAAAUACAUAACUAACUAAAGAUAAAUAAUUUCUUGGGAAUUCUUUAUUGUCUUCAUAGCAGCAAUGAGAACUGAGUUUAUUAGAAAACUGUCCUUUACUGGAUUUUGAAUUGUUUCCUUAAACUCACCUAUCGUGUGUGAUAGAUAUUUGAAAAUAUAAAUACAUGUGUAAUAAUUCUGUUACUGUGCAUAAUUAUGUGAUUAACUGGUUAAUAAGCCUGAUAAGCAGAGUCAAAGAGGCAUUCUGUUUGGGUCAAACACAACAGUUAGAUCAUUUAUCCUAUAGGGAUGCCAGUUUAAUUCUGGGUGUCAGCAAACCUGGCAGCUGGCACUCUUUAUGAAUUUUUAGUGCUCACAGGGGCCCAACCCCUUUGAUUUUAAUGGGAAUUUGUCUGAGUAAGACCUGUAUGCUGUCAACAGCUAAGUAAGGCUGUCAGGAUUCAUCUUCAGAUGCUAUUCAGAUGCAACUCAGUGAUGCUGUUCAAAGCAUGCCCUAUCCACAGAUGUCUUUGGAGCUUUGCUUUCACCAUUGGAAGAAAGGCACUGGGUAAGGAUUCAGUCUUGUAUUUGUACAUUAAAAGCCUUGUA